AUGGAAACGGUACUGAGUGUUCAGAUCGAGGAAUUGACUCGUCUACAGGAAGAGGAGCACACCAAACUCGGAAAUUUGUUGCAAGACAAUGAACUACUUUUGUCCAAGGUAAAAGCAUGCGAGGAAGAAUUAGUAUCUUUGCAACGAAAGAAGAGAAUGCUUUCAUUUGAGAAUCAAACCUCUCAAAACAAAUUGGACAUCCUAGAAGAGAACAUUAAGCGGUUAGAUAAGGACAUUGACUAUUAUUUGCAGCGAAUCGUUACCAACCAUAGAAGGAGAGAACAAAAAGAACAACACAUGAAGGAAUAUACAAGGCUGAUGGAACAAGAAAGUACCAAGUACGAUCAGUAUUUGAAAGAAAUCGAUCAGCAUUAUUAUGAAGGAUCUGACGAGGGUAAGGAAAUUCAAAAAUUGAAAGAGCACAUUGCAUGCCUUCAACAAGACAUUACCAACAUUGAGAAUUCCUUAAACCAAGAAGAGAAACGCCAAGAGGCACUUCAACAUGAAAUUGAUUCUCUCACGCGCAGCAUUGAAUCGGAAGUCAAGCGCCAAGAAGAAAUGGACAAGUCCUAUCAACAGAAGGAACAACAAGAAAAACAAAUACGCUCGAAAAUUGAAUUUCAUCAAGGAGCAAUGGCCUCAAAGGAACGAGAAAAGCAGGAUCUAGAGAAGUCGCUCUCUGCACUGCAUGAAGAAUUGCAACAGCUCACUCAUGAAACCAAUCAGCAAAUCCAGAAACGAGAAACCCUCAAUAAGAGACUUAAGGGAUCGACUUCCCUCAUUCAAUAA